UCACAAAUAUUCCGUUAACUAAAAAAUUAUUAUCUGAUCCAUGGCCUCGUUUUCUUCAGCAUUGAUCAUUGUUUCAUCCCAAACUCCAAUCCCCAGAACCAAAUUUUCAGAAAUUAAGAAAAUAAACCUCAAGAUUACACCUACCUCUUUCCCUACUGCCCCGAAGUUUACAACUUCCCAAUGUCAUAAAAUCGUUUCUAAACCCCAAAAAACCUUCAGUUAUCUGUCUACACAACCUUUCAUUGCUGAUGAAUCUUGCCUUGAAAAUUCAGAAGUGGUAGAGGUAUUAAAGCAGAUAUUAGGAAAAGUUGGAGCAGAUUCAUUUGAAUGCUUGGCCAUGAUUGAUGCUGUUCAACGAUUAGGCAUCGACCACUAUUUUGUACGACAGAAUGAAGAAGUUCUAGGAAAGAAGUAUGCCUUAUUCUGUGAAAAUGGUCUUCUUGGCCGCAAUCUUUAUAAGGCUGCACUUUCCUUUCGGUUGCUUAGACAACAUGGUUACCAAGUGCCAGCAGGGAUAUUUAAUGUGUUCAAAGACGGGAAGGGAAGGUUUAAGCAUGAACUCAGCACGGACAUUACUGGAUGGUGGAAUAAUCUUGGUUUGGGUAAGGAGCUGGAGUUUGUAAGAGAUCAACCGGUGAAAUGGCACAUUUGGUCCUCGGCAUGCCUUGCAGAUCCGAGCUUGUCAGAGGAGAGGAUUGAACUCACAAAACCAAUUUCGCUUAUUUACGUAAUUGAUGACAUCUUUGAUGUCAAAGGAUCACUUGAAGAACUUACUCUCUUCACAGAAGUUAUCAAUAGAUGGGAUUAUGCUGCCAUUGAGCGGCUUCCAGGCUAUAUGAAGAUAUGUCUAACAAAGGAAAAUGUAGAGGUAAUUGACAAUAAUCCGGGCAUAAUAUCAUCCGUGGCAACUAUUUUGCGACUCUGGGAUGACUUAGGAAGUGCUAAGGAUGAGAAUCAAGAAGGCCAUGAUGGAUCUUAUGUGCAUUUCUACAUCAAGGAACAUCAAGGGGUUAGAGAGGAGGAGGCACGGAACCAUGUUAAUCAAAUGAUUUCAAAGGCUUGGAAGCAGCUGAACCAAGAAUGCCUCUUUCCAAAUCCAUUUUCAUCUUCUUUCAAAAAUGCUUCUCUCAACUUUGCAAGAAUGCUCCCUUUUUUGUACAGUUAUGAUGAAAACCAACGUCUCCCAAGCCUGGAGGAUUACAUGAAGUCCCUUCUCUGAGAAACAAGAAAAUAAAAACUUCAGGAAAAGAGAUAGCUUGGUAAUUUAGCUCUUACCUCAACUAAGCACGAUAUAAGUUAAUAAGUUUGGCUAUUGUGAAGAUUUGAAUUCUUGUUAUCUAAUAGACGUUUCAAUAAUUA